GUUUUGACAGUCUUGCCGGCAUCUCGGAGCCACUUUUCCGGAUUUAUUUGACCCGUCACUUUUUUUGUCUCCUUUUUGGCGUUGUUCAAUUAGUCUUGUUGUGUAUCCGAGGCUCUAUCCUCGUCCCAUCUAUAUUCAGUUCUCGCUUUAAAAAUCAAGUAUGGACAAUACGCCACCAGAAGAGAUGGUUGCCGCUGACUUGUCGUCCCUCCGAGCCAAAGCAGGUGCUGGUGGUACACAUAAUAGUAGUAACCACCAAGACGAAGAACAUGAGAAGCCUACCGGUACGGCUUACUUGGCGGUGGUCAGAGAACAAACACAAAGUGUCACGACAACUACUCCUCCUUGUCAAAACAACGAAGAACGCCGAGCGGCUCGGGCUCCCCAAGCGGCUAUGGAAGAGGAGGCUGCCCUGCAACCAGGGUCCCAGCAGAGUGGCUGGCUAUCAUUUUUCCCGAAGGAAAAGCAAGGAAAAAGCUAUGGCAAUCUGGACGACGACAAGUCGUCUGCAGAAAAGCAAGUAGCUGCAGACAGCAGCAUGCCAGGAAAUCACAACCAAAAUGCUGAUCAGACCACAACUAGUUCUGCAAAUAUUCCACUCUCGGCUGUAAUGCCAGUGGCCCAGUUUGAAAACCCUCAAAGCAGUGCCCGGCUUUCAUAUUUUCCCAAGAAAUCAUCAUCCAACCGCAGCUGUACUAGUAGUUUGGCACCAAUGAUAAUGGGAAAAGCAGCUAAUAAUAGCCAACUGGAAGAUUCGGACCAGCUGACCAUGCCAGCUAUGAAUUCCUCUUUGAAUUUGAUUGCAAGCCAUCCAUCAUCAUUGAACCAACGCGUACCACAACAACAACAGCACCAGCAGCCAGCCCUUCCUGGAGCCUACCGGUACAGAAAUGCCCCUGGAGAGUCAAUAAUGCAACACACUGAGAUGCUUGACUAUGGCCUCUUCCAUGCUCCCAACUCUGGUGCCUCGCUCCCUACACUUACACAGUCUAACCUUCCUGCUGUUGAUUCAAAUAGUCAGGAACGACAAUCGACGCAUCAUAGUUCAGGCAAUGAAGGACAUGCUGUGGCAACGGAACAGGUUCCGGUAAACGCCAACCUUGUGGAAGAAUCGGAAGUGGUAAUGGCAGAGCCUCUGACCUUGCCAAUUGGAGACAAUGAUGAAGAUGAUACUGGUAUGUAUACUGGUACUCCCAACAAUGAGGGACAGGAUCAAGCCAAGAAAGAUCAAUUGAGGGCAUGGGUGGGACUAGCCGGCUUGUUUAUUGUUGUGGCUGGUGUCAUUGUCUUGGCGAUUGUCCUGACAGCUGACAGCAACGCUGACCCUGAGGUUGACCCUAUUAGCUCGACCGGUAGCACACAGAUGGAUAUUCCAACCACCACCAGCAACAGCAGUGAAUCCAAUAAUCUUGAUGGGGACACGGUCAUACCCACUAUAGGUGAAACCAGCAGCCCAAGUACUGCAUUGGCCGGUACUGAGGCCAUCAAUGACAUGGGGAUUGAAAUGUCGUUUCUUCCUGACUUCACUAGAGAGGUGAUUGCCCUUGAUGGGUUGAAAGUGUCUGGACAGAGUUUGGCGUGGCAAUGGCUUCAACAACAUCCAGAGUUUGACAGCAUGCCUAGUUGGCGCAAACUGCAACUCAUGGCACUUGCUUCCCUAUAUUACUCCACACGUGGAGACACAUGGGUGGUGCCUCCCUUUGCCACUACAUGGCUCAAUACUAGCCUUCAUGAAUGCGAUUGGCAAGGACGAUUCACUGAAGGACUCCUUCCCGCUUACCAAUUUUGGGCUCUGAUUGAAAACAACUGUACCGAUGAUGGUGUUUACUUGAACUUGACGCUACAGGAGACAGGUCUUCGAGGAACUCUUCCGCCAGAAAUUAGUUUUUUGACAAGAUUGACCGCCUUGGAUCUGAACGAGAAUUUCAUUACCGGCCAACUCCCAAGUCAGAUUGGGGAAUUGACAUUGUUGGAAGUAUUGAAAUUGGAAAACAAUUUGCUUCGCGGCUCUCUGCCGGAUGAGCUCUUUGGACUUUCGGGAUUGACAAAGCUUCAUUUGGGUACCAACGCCUUUACUGGAGCACUCAGCAACGAGGUUACAGCGAUGACUUCUCUGACUGAUUUGUCUAUUUUCAUGAACCAGCUGACUGGCACUCUCACAUCGGGGAUUAAUGCUCUUUCAGAGCUCACUUCGUUGUCAGUCCGGGGAAACUUGUUCAGCGGCACAGUCCCAUCAGGAGUUUUUGAACUGACCGAACUGGAGAGUUUGGUAUUGGACAACAAUCAAUUCAGUGGUACCUUUCCCACUGAAGUUGGAGUACUGACUAAGUUGAAGCUGUUGCAUAUCAUGCUCUCUCAGUUUACGGGGCCGCUUCCCACAGAGCUUGGGCUCCUAACAUCAUUGUCAUUUCUUCAUUUUCAGGCAAACCACUUCAAUUCCACACUGCCAAGUGAAUUGAAUGCCCUUUCGAAGAUGAUGCAAAUCGACUUUGGUAGGAACGAUCUCACUGGGACUCUCCCUGACCUCAGCAGGCUGACAGCAAUGACAUCGUUCAAUGGAAGGGAUAACCGUCAGGGUGGAACAAUUCCGGAUCUUUCCUCUAUGACAGAUUUGCAAUGGUUGUGGUUGCAGAACAAUGCUUACACUGGAUCCCUUCCAUGGGGACUGUCCAAGAUGACUUCGUUGCUUGAUCUCAGGCUUAGUUUCAAUCAGUUGACAGGCCGGCUUUUCCCAACAUUGACCUCGCUUUCCAGGUUGCGACAACUACAUCUCCAGAACAAUUCAUUCUCUGAUACGGUGCCGUCAUCCGUUUGUGAUUCAGUGGUCUUGCUUCGGAUGUUUGUGGAUUGUGAUCUUGUGAACUGUUCCUGCACAGUGUGUGGUUGUAUGGAGGAAGACGAAGGUUGAAUGUUCCUGAUUUGAGUAAAGGGGGUGCUGGUUGGGGGAAUGAAAUGGUUGAUGUGGUGGGUGGGUGUUGCCGCCCCACCUUUGUUGUCCUACUGCAUGGUGCUUGUACCAUGGAAGUGCAGGAAGUGAAUUCGAAGUAUGGCUUUCUAAGCAUGUCAUCAACUCUUGCCGUAUGGGUAGAUAUCACACUGCAGAGAAUCAAGCAGCUUUGACGGUGGGAGAUUGUCUUUACAGGAAGCUCCUUUGGCUGUGGAGGAGUGCCUUGCUUUUGUCCAUCGCUUUCGGCUAGUUUUUAUGGGGGCACUGAUUUUAUCUUUGAUGUCGCCAUUGUGGAUGUCAAGUUCCCUGGUCAUUGUUGUCAAGGUGCAACUGCUGUGAAUUCCCAGCGUGAGAAGGCUGAGAAGAUGAAGCGCCUGGCUCAGAGCACUGCAUAACGUCGGCACUUGACCCACUUUGUUGUUUCUGCUGAGGGCCUCUUUACUGCUGAAACUACAACUGCUCUCCAAUGGCUAAGAAGUGAUCCAAGCCCUACGCUGUGGUUUGCUCCUAUGCUGCUGCACAAUUGAGCAUCGCCCUUGCUCGAGUGUGGCUCCCGACAUUGGGUCGAUCGUUGCUCCGUGGAUCUCUAUCACUAGUCUUUGUCCUCUCAUCCAUUCCACUUUCCUUGACGUCCUUCCUCAUGACCCUUUCAUUCUCCUCCAUCCUCGGUUGGCCUGCUUUGUCUUGAUUCUCUGGCUAACUCACAUGCUUCCCUCGCUCAACCUCUGACUUUCCACACAUUGCCCACUCUAACCACAUAGUAACCUGUGCAAGCACAGUUAUAGUUUUCAUAGUUUUCUAUUAGUGGUCUCUGCUGGGUGCGGUUGUACCUCCU